UCUUGGGUAGUUGGGUUCACUCUUCACAGGCCUCUGGUUUCAGACAAAGGAUUGAUUCGUCUCAGUUUCUUUCUCGUUGGCUUGACCAGGACGAGAUUUACUCAGCUCCAGGUCUAGAAGAUUAUAACCCAAUAGAGUGUAUCACUUGGGAUCCGAUCACUGAUCACAGUGAGAAGAAAAGAAAGAAGAAAAUGUCACUUUGUUCUUCGUAUUCUCAAAGAAGUUUCUGGAUUGAUCGUUGAUCAUGUAGAAGUAAACUUAGAUUCGAAGAAAAAUGAGCGUUUCUCUCACUGUAAUGACCUUCAAUCUCCACGAAGAUCAGCCAGAAGAUGGUCCAAACUCAUGGGAGAAAAGGAGAGAUUUGUGCAUAAGCGUCAUUACCAGCUAUUCUCCGAUGAUCCUCUGCACUCAGCAAGGUGUAAGGUCGCAGUUAGAUUUUCUUCAGCAAGGUUUGCCAGGUUAUGGCCAAUUUGGGAUUUCAAGAAAAGGAUCCCAUGACACUUCAGAUGAGCAUUGCACUAUCUUUUAUGACAAGGAGAAGGUUGAGCUGCUAGAAGGUGGAACCUUUUGGUUGUCAGAGUCACCUUCCGUUCCAGGAAGCACAUCAUGGGGGUCUGUAGUUCCAUCCAUUGCAUCUUGGGCAACAUUUCAACUCAAAGGAGUAGAGCCACCUGGUUUUUCAUUCCAGAUAGUAAAUACAAACAUGGAUGAAUUUAGCCCUCGUGCCCGUAGAAGGAGUGCUUUGCUCACGUGGCAGCAUAUAGCAUCCUUGCCUCCUAGCUUGCCAGUUAUAUUUUGUGGAGGAUUCAACACUCAGAAGGAAUCGACCACAGGACGCUUUCUGCUUGGAAGAUCAAGAGAGCAUGGCGUUGUAGGUGACAUGAGAGAUGCAUGGCCUAAUGCACGUGUGAGGAAAAAUUUUUCACUCAUACGCACUUACCAUGGAUUCAAAGGAGAUAAACAGGGAACUCUUGAAUUCCUCAAGCUGAUAUUCAGAGCACUUUGCCUUUGCUGGGAUCGGCAAACUCAAGAUCUACAUAUUGAUUGGGUACUAUAUAGAGGCCGAUCUCUGGUUCCUGUUUCUUGUGAGGUAGUGAAUGACAACAUUGAUGGUUUUUAUCCUUCAUCUCAUUAUCCAAUAUUUGCCGAGUUUAUGCUUCCUCGUACUGUCAGGCUACUUGAAGCACCUGUUCAAGAUGGAAGUUAGAGUGUGGUCUAUGUUGAUUUUUAUUUCAUUUUCUAUUUUUUCAUCAUUUCCCCUCUUUUUGUGGUUGUGGUUCACUGUUUCACUAAGUUAUUUCUUGAUAUUGUGUUAUAGCUGUUUGUUUCUCUAUGUAAAUUUUUUCAGACUGAAGUAUUUGAACUGUUAUUUCCA